AUGGAUGGGCUGGGCAAUAUGUCAACGUGCACAAUGCACGACUUGAUGCAUGACCUAGCUGGAUGGAUAGCUGGAGAAAAGAUCAUUGUAACUUCAAGUUUAACGAUUCUAAAAAAUAUUCCAUCAAAGACCCGUCACUUGUUCAUAAUGGGUGAUGGUGAUCAGAGAGAAGAAGAUCAUGUUGGUGAUGGUCUGGGAAAUGCAAGCCAGGUGAGAACUCUUGUGUGCUGGAAGACUCUUACACGCAACGAAGUUCAACAAGUCAUUAACAACUUCAUACGCUUGCGCGUACUAAGAUUUGUGUGCAGAGAUCCAGACUUAGACUGGUCCAUUUUGGAUGCUUGUACUUCAAUUAAUUUUGAUAAGUUGAAGCAUUUAAGAUUUCUUGCUUUCAAUUGCGAGGGAAGGAAAGGACUUCCAAACUCAAUUAGCAACUUAGUUAAUCUGCAAGUACUGGAACUCAGUGCCUCCAAGUCACUAGAAGAACUGCCAAAGGACAUUGAGAAGCUUGUUAAUUUGAAGCAUUUGGAGCUCGAUGCAGCGUAUGCGGGAUAUGGAACCCAUAUGCCAAAAGGGAUUGGAAAGUUGAAGUUUCUCGCAAGGCUACCAAUGUUUAUAGUGGGGAAGAGGAGCAGUAGUAUUGAUGAGCUGAAAGGGUUAAAUGCAUUGUGUGGAGAAUUGACAAUUAGAGACCUAGGAGAUGCUGAAUCUCCAAGAACAGGUGUUUAUGUCUUGAAUGAAAAGCAACAUCUACAGUCACUUGUUUUAGAUUGGGGCAGAUAUUAUGACGUUGACGGUGAUGUUACUUCCUUGUCAAUUCACCAUGAAGGAAUAUGGGAAAUGCUGAAGCCACAUUUAAAUCUGAAGAAGUUGGCGAUACAAAGAAGUUAUGAAGUGGUGAAGAUUCCUAACUGGUUGUCUGGCCUCACCAAUUUGGUUGAGUUCUCAUUACAAGAUUGCGAGCAAUGUGAGUACCUCGCCCCACAAAUUCAGCAAAUGCCAAGUUUGAAGAGGCUUACGAUUAGAAAUUGCCCGCUGUUGAAGGGCAUCGAGGAAGAGGAUUGCGAAUGGCCUCGAUUUCGUUGUCUUGCCGACUUGCGCAUUCACAGUUGCCCAAGGCUAACUCGGUUGCCCACUUUUCCUACCGUUGAAGGGGAAUUGAAGUUGGUUGCGGUGAGCUUAGCACCAUUAGCUAGGACUAUGAAGAUGAAGAUGAGGGGAGAAUCGGUCCAUCCACUCUCCAAGCUUACCAAGUUGAGCUUAAAGAAAAUCGAUGACGAUUUCGAAUCCCUAUCAUAUCAUGAUUCGAGUAUUUGUCUCGUAUCUCUUCAGGAGUUGAGAAUUGUGGACUGUUGUACAGGGGUAAAGCUUCCUAGUUCACUGUGUUCCAGUGCGAGCUUGACGGAGAUUCACUUAGAAGAAUGUGAGAUGGUAGAGUACCUGCCACCCCUACAUGGACUCCCAUCCUUGAAAGAGCUAACUAUUUGGGACUGUCCGAAUCUGAAGGGAUGUUGGUGGAAGAAAAAGGAAAGGGAAGAUGAGGAGUGGCCCCGUUUCCCUUGUCUUUUGGCAUUGCAUAUUAGAGAUUGUCCAAACCUGACUCGAAUGCCUCUGUUUCCAACGGUUGAAAUGUUGAAGCUGGAGAGAACCAGCUCAGAGGCGCUAGUGCGGACAAUGAAGAUGCAAAGGACUGCGCUGGAUAGGCCGCUAUCUAACUUGGAAGAGUUGGAACUUGGUGGAAUGAACGAACUGGAAUUUCUACCAGAAGAAGGCCUCUGCAACCUCACUUCUCUCCGUUAUUUGGAGAUUUAUGAUUGUCCAAAAUUAGCAACUCUGCCUCCAGCAAUGCGACACAUCAACUCUCUACGCGGAUUGUUUAUUCGGGAUUGUCCUAAGUUGACAAUAAGAUGCCGAAAGGGUGAAGGCGAAGACUGGCCCAACAUUUCCCACAUCCCUCUGAUAAGACUGGACUGGACUUUUCUCCAAGGUUAA